GGCGUGCGCGGCGCGCGGGCCUGGAAGUACUGAACCUGUGAGGUGUGCGGGCAGCCGGCAGUGAGAGGCUUGGGCAGAUAUGGCUCCCAACGCACCUGCGACAGAACCCGAGUAUCCUAAAGGCAUCCGGGCCGUGCUACUGGGGCCACCUGGGGCUGGCAAGGGUACACAGGCACCCAGAUUGGCUGAAAACUUCUGUGUCUGCCAUUUGGCUACUGGGGACAUGCUCAGAGCCAUGGUGGCUUCUGGCUCAGAGCUGGGAAAAAGGCUGAAAGCAACUAUGGAUGCUGGGAAACUGGUGAGCGAUGAAAUGGUAGUAGAGCUCAUUGAGAAGAAUUUGGAGACCCCUUCAUGCAAAAAUGGUUUUCUUCUAGAUGGCUUCCCUCGGACUGUGAGGCAGGCGGAAAUGCUUGAUGACCUCAUGGAGAAGAGGAAAGAGAAGCUUGAUUCUGUGAUUGAAUUCAGCAUCUCAGACUCUCUGCUGAUCCGGCGAAUCACAGGAAGGCUGAUUCACCCCACCAGUGGCCGUUCCUACCAUGAGGAAUUCAGUCCCCCAAAAGAGCCCAUGAAAGAUGACAUCACUGGAGAACCAUUGGUCCGUCGAUCAGAUGAUAAUGAAAAGGCUUUGAAAAUCCGCCUGGAGGCUUACCAUACUCAGACUGCGCCACUCGUGGAGUACUACAGGAAACGGGGGAUCCACUCUGCUAUUGAUGCAUCCCAGACCCCUGAUGUCGUGUUUGCGAGCAUUCUAGCAGCAUUCUCCAAAUCUACAUGUAAAGACUUAGUUAUGUUUAUCUAAUAUUGGGUCCAAAAGGGAAUUUCUUUCUUCUUCCUUUCCUUGUUGAGGGAAUGGUUGGGAAUGGCAGUGCAGGCAGAGGGAAGCUUCCUCAAGCUAGCAAGGAUAUCAUUUGAUGUAUUGAUUAAAAAAGCACUUGCUUUAUGUACCUUU